CCAAAUCCAGUUCUCAUAUCCCGCUACCUUUAGAUGCAUCUCUUCUCCAACACACCUGAUUCAAAUGAUCUGCUUCUUAGGCCUCUGCAGAGCUCAGUGAUGUGUUGCUCGGGGAUUAAUAGCUCUGGUUAUCUCUGGGCUAGCCUGCAAGGACUCUGUAAACCCAAAAGAGGAGCAGAAGGUGGAUUUUCUCAUGGAUUUGAAUGGCCUGGAGCAAGCAAACCUGAAUGCUAAGGAAUGUAACCCUCAUAAGGAACUAAUUGGAACCCAACAUGCUGAUAACAUUGGAAGAGAGUCUGAACCUCACUGGAUGGAGUCCUCUUGUGCUUUCUCUAUGCAAUUAGCCUACAUGCCUCAAGAUAAAUGGAUGAUGGAGGAUCUGGAAAAUUUUCAAGACAACUUGCUGCAUUCAAGCUGCACAGUAGAGGGUGCUGUUCCUCAGAAACAUUCAAAUGGGAUUGUUGUGUCUUGACAACCACCAGGAAAUGGCAGACAGAGAUGUCAGCAUGUCGUUCCCUCCAGUUAUGAACAGCGCUGACCUGCAGGUCCCUUCGCCAGUCAGAGCCACUGCUGGUCCUGAGUUAUGCAGCUUCGUGUCUGAUGCAUGCGCUCCCUUUGGUUCAUCAAGCAACUAUCCCAGUUGCUCUGACCACUGUCCAGUCAGUGCUGCAGCACACCUACACCUCCUGGGAGAGUCCAUGUCUCUCAUUGGCAGCCAUCUGGAAGAGACUGAUAAACGUGUGUGCAUGUCUGGCAGCCUCUCUCUGUUCUUGGACUCUUUGCUGUGUGCUCUGGCUCCUCUAAUGUGCCUCACAACACAGAUACCUGAGCUGACUAGCUGCACUGAGCACACACUGGCCUCCACUCUGGAAAAUGUUGCUUAUAUGAUGCCUGGGCUUUAGAUGAAGGUGGAAAACUCAAUCCGUUCUUCACCAAGAUGAUCCAUGGAUAGAUGUGCAUGAGUGAAUACUUGAGAAAAGGCUUCAAUGGGUCCUCGCCCUCAGACCUGCGGCUUCUUCUCCUGGGCAACAUCGGGUGCGGGAAGACGUCCUCAGGGGACACCAUCCUGGGCCAGCUGUCUCCCAGCUAUUCCAACUCCUCCAGGAUCUGCACACAGCGGCAGGGCGUCACUGAGGGCAGGAGUGUGACCAUUGUGGAGGCGCCAAGAUGGUACUGGAUCAGAUCCAACUUAGAUGACGAGGUCAAAAAGGAAACCGAGCGGGCCAUGACCUUGAUAGCACCGGGUCCACACGCUGUUCUGCUGCUGGUGCCCGUUUGCCAGUUCACUGAGAUGGAGGGUAGAGUUCCCGCAGAGCUGGAGAAGUUGUUUGGGACUGAAGUGCUGGAUCACACUCUGGUGUUACUGACAUGUGGCGACUAUUUGAUGGGGAAAUCAGCGGAGGAAUACCUGCAGAGAGAAGACCCAGGUCUGAGGCAGGUCAUCGAGCGCUGCGGUGGGAGGCACCACGUCUUUAACAACCGCCAGCGGCAAGACAAACAGCAGGUUCAGGAACUGCUAGAGAAGAUCGAUGACAUGGUCCAAAGGAAUGGGGUAUUUUACAUGAAAACAGCCCAAGAGAGGGAGCUGGAGAAACGGGUACUGGAGCGAAAGCAAGAGCUGAUGGAAAGUUUCAAAGCUCAGAAGGAGGAGAAGAAAAAGCCUGUGGUGGUGAAGAGCAUCCCAGACACAGGCGUCUUUGGCAGAGGAGAGGAAGCUAUCAGCACAGUGGAGAGGAGAAGAGAAUACAAAGAUGAAGUAGAAGGACGAGUAGAUGAGACUCAAGUAUCUAAUGGGCUUUAUUCAUCUCCAGCACCUGAGCAGCCCUCAUACUCAGAGCCACAAGAAGACACACAGUUUACCCGGACACCCAGUUUCAGACUGAAUGCAGAUGGAGCCAUACUCUCACAGAUCUCUGAGGCUAAAUCAAAGCCUAAAUUGAUCUCCACUUUUCAUCACAGAAUCAACAGCUUUGAAGAGAAUUCCCCUGAGACCUCGCCCGUCUCGCCUCCUCAUUCACCCGUUUUCUCCUUUUCCUCAAACUCCACACAAACCUUCGCCGCCUCUCCUUCACCCAUAUCCCAGUUCUUGACACCUCCUUCGUCUCCGUCUCUGCCGUCAUCCACCCCUGAGGUUCGUCUGGUCUUGCUCGGUCGAUCCAGGUCAGGGAAGAGUGCAGCUGGCAACACCAUCCUGGGACAGGCAAUGUUUGAGUCCAAUUCAGAGAGCUUCUUAGCAGUCACUCAGAAGUGCGAGAAAAAGAAGGCAAUGGUUGACGGAAAAAAGGUGUCAGUGGUGGACACACCUGAUUGGUUCAACUCAGAACAGACUCCAGAUGAAGUAAGAGCCCAGAUCUCCUCAUGCAUUGCUCUGUCCAGCCCCGGUCCUCACGCCUUCCUUUUGUGCGUCCCACUGGACCAGCCGGCAAAGACCGAGCUGCAGGUCCUCUCGGCACUAGCGAAGGUUUUUGGCCCAGAUGCAGUGCAGAAGCACACUGUGGUCCUCUUUACAUAUGCAGAUCGACUGAAGGAAAGCGGCAAAACAGGAGGCAAGAGCGUGGAGGAAUACAUUGCCAGCCAGAGGGGGGAUUUGGUGAAGCUGGUGGAAAGGUGCACAGACAGGUUUCACGUGAUGGAGAAGGGACAAGGUUGGAGGGAGAAAAAGAACGUGGCAGAGCUGUUAGAGAAGGUGGAGCAGACGGUGAAGGAAGCUGGAGGACAGUGUUAUUCUAGUCCUGCUUUUCAAGAGGCAGAGGACAGAGUGAGGCAGAGACAGCUGGAGAUAGCAAGGGAAAGAAAGGGCAUAAAGCAAGAGACAGCACUACAAGCUGGGCAGCUCAGCACCAUGAGGCAGCCUCUGGCACAAAUAAAUGAGGAGAUGACAGAGGAUGAGAUUGGGAACACAAGGGAUGAGGCAGAGAUGAGUGUAAGCAACACAAACAUAGACAGCCUUAUGCCUUUUACUCCUUCAACCAUGUCACCCUCACUCCUCCGUUCUAUAAUGGAGAAAAUGGAGUCCAGUGGCAAGAUGUUACCCAAACUGUUGGCAAACAGCGCAGCGUGGCUAGGGCAGGGAGCGAAACAGGUGAAGGAUAGUCCAGUGUGGGGAAAUGUUGGCAGUGGUGCCCAAAACGUCCAAAAGAUGAUGGUGGAUAGUUCUGUGUGGGAAAAGAUGGGAGCUACCACAGCUCAAAUAUCCAAAGCUGUGGGUAAAAGGGUUCCCCAAAAGUUUGUGGAUGGUUCUGAGUGGGUGGGAUCUGGGGCAAAAGCUGCGACUGCAAGUCCAAUGUGGGGAAAAAUGGGCUCAGGGGCCAAACUGGUCGCCAAUGGCUCAAAGCGUGUCGGAGCUGGGCUUGGAGCCGGAGCAAAGAAACUGGCUAAGAGCCCCAUGUGGGGGAAGGUGGGUUCUCGUGCCAAAACUGGAGUUAAACUGAUGGCACAGAGUCCCGUAUGGGGGAAGAUGGGUUCUGGAGUCAAAUCAGGAGUCAAAUCAGGAGCCAAAAUGGUGACAGAGAGUUCAGUCUGGGGAAAAAUGGAAAAUGCUGCCAAACAGGUGCCGAAGACGGUCAUCAUUGGUGCACUCCUGGGUCUGGUUCUUGGUGUGAUUUUGGCAGGCGUGAUUGGUGGGGCUGUCGGGACAGCUGCUGGAUCUGGAGUUAGUGAGGUGGUCCGGCGCAAAUUCAGCAAGAAAAACACAUCAGAUGGAACAAGAAACAGUCAGAUAUCAGUGAACAGCAACAUCGAUAGCACAAAACUCAAGAAAACAGAAUAAAGGACUGGAAUACUCAUGCUGAAUUUGCAACAAUAGAAAAUUAUCCAUUGGGAUCAUCAUCUUAUGAAAAAUUGCUUCAUCGAUUUUAUUUUUUUUCCUGGCAUCUAUGCUUUUUCUCUUAUUAUAUUUCUGUUCAGCUUUGUCCCAAUAAUUGUAUAUAGUGAAAUCUGUACAUUUUGGUAAUUAAAGUAAAUUGAUAUUUAGGUUUUUGUGUACAUAAAA